UUUGAAAUCUUUUUAUAGAAAUAUAUCUUGUCGGUCUCGCAUUUUGGAGUUUUGAAUAUUCUGCAUAUCAACCCCUCUGUGGUGGACUUCGUUGCACGCCCGAUUCUCAGCUAGAAAUCAUAGGGUAGUAGGUGCACUUGUUGAUUUGUUUUUAUCAAAAUCUUCAGUUUGUGUACUGAAGGCGAAGGUUGAAAGUGUUUGAACUCGUUGACAACCUUGAACUUGACUUGAGCGCCGCUUCAUCAUGACCAAGCCCAGAGUGUAUGUGACCCGUCAAGUUCACGACGAGGCCCUGGAACUUUUGCGAGAGAAAUGUUCAGUGGAAGUCUGGAACAGUGACGAAUUGGUUCCUAGAGAUGAGUUGCUGAAAAAGGUCAAGGGCGUUGAUGCUAUCUUCUGCACCAUUAAUGACAUCAUCGAUGAGGAGGUUCUGAAUGCUGCAGGGCCUCAGUUGAAGACCGUGGCUACCAUGUCAGUGGGCACCCACCACAUCAGCACAUACGAGUGCAAGAGUCGCAACAUCUACGUAGCAAACACGCCGGAUGUGGCGUCUGACAGUGCCGCUGAGCUCACUGUUGCUCUGCUCUUGGUUACCGCCCGUCGGUGUUUGGAAGGAAUAGAAGCUGUCAAAAAUGGAGAAUGGGGCAAAUGGAAACCCAUGUGGAUUUGUGGCACAGAGCUGGCCCAGAGAAAUCUGGGCAUCCUUGGUUUCGGCCGUGUGGGGUUUGGUGUGGCCCGUCGGAUGAAGCCCUUCGGUGUGAAGCGAAUCCUGUACCACGAUGUGGUACAUGCCUGCAUGGGGGAUGACCUGAACGCAGAGUACGUGGAUCUGGACACGCUUUUACAAGAGUCAGAUUUCCUGGUCAUCACCUGUGCCCUCAACGGAAUCACUCAGGGUUUGUUCCGCAAAGAAAUAUUCAAAAAGAUGAAGUCUACUGCAAUUCUAAUCAACACAUCUCGCGGCCCCAUUGUAAAAACCGAUGACCUCACUGAGGCUCUUCAGAAUGGUGAGAUUGCGGCCGCUGGGCUAGACAUCACAGACCCAGAGCCGCUGCCCACGGAUCACCCUCUGCAUGCGAUGGACAACUGUAUAAUUUUGCCUCACCUCGGCACCAACACGACCCAAGCCAGGCUGGAUAUGGCAAUAAACACAGCCAAGAAUAUUUUGGCAAUGGUUUGUCCUAGAUAAUUUUCUCAGCCACCUGUAUAGACUUGUAAUAUAUAAUAUCCAAGACAGGCCACUCAUGACGUCAUUCCAGUUCACCAUAGAGAACAUUAUCUGACUCUGUUUGGAAUCAGAUUAAGUGGACAAGAGGGAAAAGUUGCUCAUGCAGUCCGAUAUAUCUUAACUUGUGUUGUGCCCUUCAUUUGUGUAUCCAUGGUGCUCACCAGGGCAGCAAAGUUUUUUUUAUAGAGAGAUUGACUGCCAUGACAAUGCCUGGUCUCGUAUAUUAUAAUUCAAGUCUAUGCGGCUACCUCUGGCAAUUCAAAAGAUCACUUUAAAUCUUAGACUCUUAGACCUAGAACGAGUCUUGACUAUACCUUUGUUAAUGCAGUUUCUAACAAGCUUUGCAGCAUUUUUGUAUUCUACUCAGUGAUUUGAAUUUUCAUAAUUCUGUGAUAAAAGGCAAAACAGUUGACAUGGUUUUUGUAGGACUGAAUGAACUAGUGUGUAUUAUGAACAUGAUCUUUUGAUCUACUCUUGAUCCACAAGCAUAAUAUUUAACACACACAAAACGCAAAAUUGACUGUGUUGUUGGUGGGUAAGGGCAGCUUAUCUUUUUAAUCAGUUUGUUAUGAAAACUUUGCCUCAGUGGUGCCUUUUUUCAUAGUCAUCAUAUUAGAGUGUCAAUUUCACUUUUCAUCAUGAAUCUCCUUUUUUUUUUACUGAGCCCAUGGUCUGUAAAAUGAUGUUGCUGUAUUUUCAGAAUUAUUCUGUACUCUCUUUCAUACAGAAAGAUAUCCACUUAUUUUGUAUAACAACUCUUUGUUCCAUACACGCUUGAAUGUUGAUUGGUAAAAGUGGGAGUGUGACAUGUUGUUAUGUUACAAAGCUCAAUGGGCUGUGACUUAAAACAUCAGCUUCUGAACAAAGUUUCAGAAAAUUCACAGUGUCCUUUUGUAUUUAUAUUGCGACAGCACAAGGCUGUUUGCUCCAUGUUGAGAGCAUUUAGAAUCUGUACGCCAUUUCAUACAUAACGGAUACUUAUUUAAUGAAAUUUUAAGUAAACUAUGUAUGGGCACAGGUUUGUCCUAAACUAAAGAGCAUUUAGAAUCUGUAGGCCAUUUCAUACACAACUUUUUACACUCGAUACUUAUAAUGAAACUUAAAAGUAAGCAAUGUGUGGGCACAGGUUUUCUGUACCUAAAUGCUGCAAUGCUAUUAUUAUAGAUUUUUACACAAAACAAUCAAAUUGGAUACUUUGGGCUAAGUAUCUUUUUAUAACUGCCUCUGCAUCAAACAAUCAAAGUGGCUGAAAUUUGCAUGUUUAAGCUAAAGGGUGAGAUACCUUUUUGUGUUUCAGUCACCAGUUGCCAAAGUUAAAACCACAUAAAUAAUAUUGGGUAUUUGAUUUGCUUUUCAUCGCUUUUGUUUUCUCAGUUUAUGCACAAUGUCAAUUGUUUUGAGUAUUGGCAUGUGUGUCUUUGGAACCCUAACCUGCAUAAUAAUAUUAACUAUGUCUGUAUAAUAGUGCCAGUACUAAUAGAGGAAUGUCUCCUGUCUGUCUUUUGUGUAUGUACAAUUAUAAUGUUUCAAAAACGGGUUUUGCUAAUCAGCAGACAGAAUUUUGCUUUUUCAACUGUUUUCCUCUUGAUGUCUUGUUUUAAAUUUUGGUUUCUAUACAAACUCUGUUCAAAUUAUGGGAAUGUCUUCUUUGAUAUUGAGACUUCCCUGUAAAGUUAAUAACAAAACGCUGUUGAUGUAAGCGUGCAUGGUUUCAGUGCAUGGGAGUUAAAUCAGUUUCACUGUGAAGUAAAAUGCGUAGUAAGUGUAAGACAGUAGACAGUGCAAAUGUAGCUUUCCACUGGAAAAUGAAUUGUAGAAAACUAGAACAAGGUGUGAAAGGUUUCAUAUUGUUUUUUAUUGUUUGUUUACAAGUGAAAUCUUAUGCUAAACCUCAUACACUUUUCCAUGUUCUAAUUUGGUGCAAUGCCCCCUUUUAAUGAAGAUAUAUUUAUGUUUCCAGAAUUUUUGUGGUAUUGUAGAGUGUUUAAUUUUUUAAAAUGUUGGUUGAUGUCAAGAGUUUUUUUUGGUUUUGUAACUAAACAAAAUCUAGAUGUACCGGUAUGCUGUUAUUGUAUGGCAUAGUAUUUUUCACUGUUGGCUAUCAUUUAUAUCAGCUUUAUCUAAAGACUGUCUCUUUCUGCUAUGCUGCUUUGUAUAAAUAAUUUUCGCUUUCAAUAUGUGUUGCAGUAGAUCAAGUUUACGAUCCCAUUAGUGGUGUAAGCUAAAAAUAUGGCGAAGAAAGUUUUUAAGUUAUAUUUUGUUACAGGUGUAUAGAUGGUUGUAGUACACUCCGACUUGAUGAGUUCUGACAGUCGUGUGGUAACAUUCCUCUCAGACCUAAGUUUCCCUUUUAUGUGGCUGGCUCUUUUCUAAGUUUUUCGGAUGAGUUGGCUCUUUUUGUUCUAUCUCCACUUAGUGCUUUUCAAAGCCCUCUGGCAUAUUGGGGGAUGUUAAACUUUUGUCUUGUCAUUCAAGCCAAGUCAAACUGUCCGAGACAACCAGUCCCUAUCGAGGAAAAAAAUAGUUAUCUUAGGCGUGUGGUCACCUUGUUGAACAGUGUCUUUAUAUAAGGAAAAACACUUGGGGGGGGGGGGGGGGGGCUGGUUUUCUGUACAAGUGGUCAUCUUUUACAGUUGGUCAGUAGAGCCGGUUCGACUGCAUUUCAACAUGGUGUAAAAAGAACCAGGAAGAGCCAUAUUUUGUAGCGUUCAUUUGAUUUUGUGUCAUGUAUGUAUAUAUAUGAUUUAGAGCGUUGUUGUUAAGUUUUUAUACUUUGCUGUAUCGGUAUGUAGAUUAUUAAAGUAACAUAUCUUUGUCUACUGUGAUCAUUUUCACAAUCUUCUGUCUGUAAUGUGAUGUUCAGAUCAUUAAAUGUAUAAAGUAACAAG